CGUAGCAACAACCUGCGGAAUUACAAGAGUUCUACUGCCGCUAUUCUUGUCUACAAUGAGAGAACUUCACUUUAAAGAUUACUUUUGGAACGGGGAUCUCAUCAGCACUGGUGGUUAUGACAGUAUCACCCAGCACCUCAACGAUGGCAAGAAGACAUGCAAGGAAAUAGAAGACUUCAUGAAAGCCAGAGCAUCCAUAGAGGAGAAGUAUGCCAAAGAGCUACUGGGUCUCUCCAAGAAGAUGUGUGGGCACAAUGAGAUGAACACACUAAAGAGAUCGCUGGAUGUGUUCAAACUGCAGACUGAACAUUUGAGUUUGUCACACCUACAACUGGCACAAACAAUGCGGGAUGAGGCAAAAAAACUAGAGGACUUCAGGGAGGGACAGAAAGAGACAAGGAAAAAGGUAGAACAACAGAUGGAUGCCCUACAUAAACAGAGGGCCACUCAGUUCAAGAAAACCAUGGAGUCAAAGAAGAUAUAUGAGCAAAAGUGUAGAGACAAAGAGGAAGCAGAACAGAACAUGAACCGAAACACAACCACCAGUAAUGCCAAGCAUCAGGAAAAGAUAUUUGCAAAAACACAUCAAGCAAAACUGAAUGCAGAGGUAGCUGACAGGCUGUACAUGCAGAAUGUGGCUAUGCUGGGAAAAAUCAGGGAGGACUGGCAGAAAGAGCAUGUCAACGCAUGCGAGGUAUUUGAGAAGCAGGAAGUUGAGAGGAUCAACACUCUAAGGAACAUGGUGUGGACUCAUCUCAACCAGCUCUCCCAGCAGUGUGUCACCAGCGAUGAGCUAUAUGAGGAAGUGAGGAAGUCUCUUGAACAGUGUGACAUACAGGAGGACAUUGAACACUUUGUGAACCUCAGACGGACUGGGGACAAACCACCAGCUCCUAUUCUGUAUGAGAACUUCUACAGCAGUCAGAGGGUCACCGUUGCACCAUCAGCCACCCAAAUGGCUCCAACUAUCACCAGGAGACCAUUGCCUAAUCCAACCAAUACCGGAGGUGACUUGAUCAACUCAACUGUACAAUAUCCAGAUCCAGGCUAUAGUGUUCUACGAUACUAGCACACAUAUUCACUGUUAUCCAUGGAUAUUGACUGCCUGGUGGAAUGCUGAUUGUGAAUACCUUCAUUGAUGGAUAUAAAGAGUGGACUUUGUGCUUUCCUUGUCAUUCAACAGUGACACCAGACAAACUAACUACUGAAAUACCACCAAUGCUGACAUUAGUACAGCAUGUUUGAUUAUGUCAUCUUUGUGGUUGUAUAGCUGUGUUAUAAACAGUAAGAUUCAGUGUCAUAGCUCAUAUACAAUAUAUGUCAAUAGGUAAUAUAUUUAGUUUUGUACAGUCUAAACCAGGAAAUAUUGUUAAAGCAAAAAUAAAAGUAAUCACUUAAUUUUUUUAUUUUUUAUUGGCCCAUCCACCACCUCCCCGCUUCGGAGGACAAAAAUAAUUUGGCCUCCGACAAAUUUAAUUUGACAGCUUAAAUGUUUUUUGUUACACUUCUCUCUUUCUUUUCUUCACAGUAGUUACAAAGUUGACAUAAGUCACAUUCAGAUAGACAGUACCCAAACACAUACGGUAUACAUUAUACAGUGAGGGGAAAAAAGUAUUUCAUCCCCUGCUGAUUUUGUA